AUGACUGUAACUACAGCGACGGGGUUUGACAGAAGGCAACAGGGCAACUCAGGGUCCGGAUCGGGCUCUGCCACCGAGACUACGACUGCCAAAGUGGCCAUCGACACGCACGGAAACGUUUUCAAAGUGCCCGACUACACGAUCAAAGACAUCCUGGGGGCGAUCCCAGCGGAGUGCUACGAGCGCAACCUGGCGUUGUCGCUGUCGUACGUGGCACGUGACAUCGCGUGUAUGCUCGGAAUGGCGUAUCUGGCGCACUACGUGGUCGCGCCACGUUUGCCCGAGAUCCUGCUGGUGCGGUUUUUGUUCUGGAACGCGUAUGCAUUCGGCUUGGGUUUGUUCUCGACCGGGCUGUGGGUCCUGGCCCACGAGUGUGGCCACCAGGCCUUUUCCAACUACGGUGCGGUGAACGAUUUUGUCGGGUGGACGCUGCACUCUUAUCUACUGGUCCCCUACUUUUCGUGGAAGUACACGCACGGCAAGCACCACAAGGCCACGGGGAACCUGACCCGUGACAUGGUGUUUGUGCCUCCUACCAAGCAAGAGUUCUGGGAGAUCCGUGGCUGGGCGUCGAACCUGGCCGAAUUUUCCGAGGACUCGCCCGUGAGAACGCUGCUCGAGCUGGUGUUGCAGCAGCUGGGUGGCUGGAUCGCGCACUUGUUCACCAACGUCACGGGCCAGAAGUACCCGGACGUGCCACGUUGGAGAUGGAACCACUUCUUGCCCAACUCUCCUCUGUUCGAGCAGAAGGACGGGCUGUACAUCGUGCUAAGUGAUCUGGGUAUUCUCGCGCAGGCCUUGGUGUUGCGUAUGUGGUAUGUCAAGUUCGGGGGCUGGUCCGUGUUCAUCAACUGGUUUUUGCCCUACUUGUGGGUGAACCACUGGCUUGUGUUCAUCACCUACCUGCAGCACACCGACUUCACGCUGCCCCACUACGAGGCCUCCGAGUGGAGCUUUGCCAAGGGUGCGGCGGCCACCAUCGACAGACAGCUGUGGUUUGUGGGGCCCCACAUUUUCCACGACAUCAUCGAGACGCACGUGCUGCACCACUACUGCAGCCGUGUGCCUUUCUACAACGCGCGUCCGGCUUCCGAGGCCAUCAAGCGCGUGAUGGGCGAACACUACCGUUUCAGCGGCGAGAACAUGUGGAAGUCCCUGUGGAAGGUGGCUCGUGGGUGCCAGUUCGUGGACGGCACCGACGGUGUGCUCAUGUUCCGUAAUGUCAACAACGUUGGCGUGGGCGCUGGCGCGCCAGCGCCAGCGACCAAGGCUUGA